AUGGAGAUGAUAAUUCCCUAUAGUAAGAGUCCCGACCUUCCACCUCACGCGUCCAUCAACGCAUAUAGUCAACGUGAAAACCCCACUAUUCUGCUCGUCCCCGAGAGCCACGGCGUUGAAAGGAGCGAUAGGGACUUGCGUAGGCGUGAAGAUGGUCGUAGUAGAUUCCGAUGUUGGAGUUUCGGUUGCGUGAAGCGAUUGUUAUCUGAAACUUUGAGGCUGCGAGAGGUUAAAGGCGUAGACGGUGGUGUCUUGGAGGAUGAAUUCUGGUUUUUUCGGUUGGAGGAUUAUCGAAACGAGGAAGAUUGUCAUCAAGACGAUGAUGAUGAAGCCGAUGAUUGCUCCACAGAUUCUACAGGCGGUUCCGCCUCCUCCACCGCCACCACCGUGGUUUCCGCACUCUUUGGUCGUCAUUGGUAUUAUAUUUCAUCAAGAUUUUGUCUGAAGGGAUAGUAUUAGUGGGCAGCUCAAGUAUGUCGAGGACGUUGCUCAAACUCAAAUGCUAAAAACUAAAAAGGUCACAUAGGAAGUUAGGAGUGUCAUUGAUGGAUGAAUUUGUGACUUGUGAGCUUUAUUUUGUAUAUCUAAUCCAUUGUGGGCCGCGGAAUUUAAGCCCAUAUUAAACGUAUCUAGUUAUUCUCGAUUCACAUGUGAUCCUUACUUUAAAAAUGUGCCGACCUCCCAGGAUCAUUAAAU